AUGUCUGCCACCUGGUUCGAGCAACAGAAGCGGUCCUUCGCGGACGUCAAGAUCGAUGCUGCCAACGACAACGGCAUCUCGACCACCGAGUUCCUUGAAGCUGCUGAGUCCCUCACCACUCUGUUCGAUGUUCUCGGCUCCAAGGCUUUCACCCCUGUGAAGAGUGAUUUGACCAACAACAUCAAGAAAGUCAGGGAGAGGCAGCUGGCUGCCCCCGCCGAGUCCGAGACUCUCCAGGCUCUCGUCGUUAACGAGCUGAAGACUAAGAAGCACGUCGCCUCUGAAGGUCUGCUCUGGCUUGUCAGAGGUCUUGACUUCACCGCCCAGGCCCUCCGCCACAACCUGAACAACGGCAGCACCGAGCUCUCCGAUUCCUUCCGUGAAGCCUACGGCAACACCCUCAAGCCCCACCACUCCUUCGUUAUCAAGCCCAUCUUCUCUGCUGCUAUGUCGGCUACCCCCUACCGCAAGGACUUCUACGCCAAGCUUGGUGAGGACCAGGCCAAGGUCAACGCGUCCUUGGACGCCGAGGUGGUGGCUCUUGAGAAGAACGUCGCCAUCCUGAAGGAGUUCCAGGGCCGCAAGGAGGCGAAGUGGUAG